AUGUCUAAACCGACAGAGGCAUUUACUGAAUACCACGAGGAUGCAACGAAGAUCCAAGAAUCAAAUCAAGAUGCCAUCUACCAGACAUAUGUCGCGAAGAGCCCAGAAUGGCAUCGGGAAAUGACCAAGAAGCUUCUUCGUAAGGUGGACAUCCAUCUUCUUCCGUUUCUAGUGGUGAUGUAUUUGCUCAACUUCCUCGAUAGAAAUAACCUCUCACAGGCCCGACUAGGCUCACUGGAGCAAGACCUCGGAAUGAAAGGAACAGACUAUAAUCUGGCCACGAGUAUUCUCUUCGUCGGGUACCUCCUCAUGCAACUGCCGUCCAACCUCCUUCUCACACGCGUGCGACCGUCAUUAUUUCUGGGAACAGCAAUGGCUAUUUGGGGUGUCAUCUCAGCCUGUCAGGCUGCAACACAGUCAUUCACAGGAUUGGUCCUUGCGCGUUUCUUUCUUGGGUUUGUGGAGGCGCCUUUCUUUCCUGGUGCAAUCAUGCUGAUGUCGAGUUGGUACACCAGACAAGAGUUGAGUCAUCGCAUUGCGUGGUUCUAUGCUGGAAGUUCUCUGGCAAAUGCCUUUGGUGGCCUGAUUGGAGCUGGGGUGCUGGGAAACUUGGACGGUGCGCAUGGGAUAGCGGGGUGGCGAUGGCUCUUCAUUAUUGAGGGGUGCAUUACUGUUGGAAUAUCACUGACAUCAACACUGCUCUUGCCGAACUACCCCGCCACCACGUCAUGGCUUGACGAGACCGAGAAACUAUACGCGCAAUGGCGACUGAUCCAUGAUGCUGGAGAAGCAGACGAAGCCAAGUCAACCAACAUCAAAGAAGCACUUUAUCUCGUGUUUUCGGAUAAGCGGAUCUACCUCUUCAUUCUUCUUCAGCAUACGUCGCUCCUCUCGCAAAACUUCCAGUAUUUCUUCCCUACCAUUGUCGAGACACUCGGCUAUGGAAAUAUCGAGACGUUACUGAUAACUGCACCUGUCUGGAUCGCUACCUUCCUGGUGUCCCUUUUUGUGACAUGGACAUCUGGAAAGACAAACGAUCGCGGCAUACAUAUUAUUCUGUUGAUGCUCGUUAGUGUGGUGGGAUGCAUAAUCUGCACUGCUACGACGAACAUCGGUGCGAGAUUUUUUGGCAUGUUCUUGAUGCCAAUGGGCGCCGUAUCCGCCUACCAAAUCAUCAUUGCCUGGGUGGCCAACUCCUUCCCCCGCCCGCUGGUCAAACGUUCAGCUGCAAUCGCAACAGCCAACAUGAUUGGCAACACAGCGUCCAUUUAUGGAAGCUAUAUGUGGCCGUCGUCAUCAGGGCCAAGAUAUAUUGCCGGUGGCAGUGCCACAGCAGGGAUAGCCCUGCUAGUUGCGAUGAUUGCUUUCGUGAUUCGUGUUGUGCACGUGAGGAUGAACAAGGCGCUGGAUGCGGCGGAAGAGGAUAGAGGUGGAGCAGAGGUCGAUAAUCUGGAGGCUCGGAAUGCAGGGUUUAGAUAUAUUCUUUAG